UUGUGGCUCUUAGCAGGCUUAGUCCUAGUACUCAAUUGUCAUACAUACAAUACUGAAACGACCAAAAAAAAAUAUACAAUUUUAAAAUAUGAACAAAAAAUAUACUUGUAAAACGCCGUACAGGGAAAGGUUUAGGCGAUGUCAUCUGGAAUAUACUAAUGAAUGCCUGUGGGAACUCAGUUAUUUGAAGGCCAAAUGUAAGGACUUGGACUUAGAGGAGGAAUAUAUGAAAUACAAGAUUCGCUUGAUGAUCAGUUACCUCACCGUUUUCUACCCCUUGUUAAUACUAGUGAUCGUAGGUCUUCAUGCAAUCAAGUGGGCAUUUACCGAGUACAAAAAUUACAUCUACCUGAAUCUGAUGUUUGACGGAGGAUCGUUGAUUUUAGUCACGGGCUUCCUGAGCAUCAAUUUCUUCGAAACAUUUGUAACUCGCCACAGGUGGGUCUUGACUGUCACCUCGACUUUGUCGGCAUAUGUGGUGGUUUUGGGUGAUAUUGCGCAUACCGCUUAUCAUUUUUACCAUUCCGACUGGCCUCUUAGUACCUCGUACGAUGUCUUUGUGCUCUGCAUGAUCUACAUGUUCCUGCCAAUUCCUUCGAUCAUGGGAGCAGCUCUGCUUGCCAUCUCUGUCAGUGUUAUUUAUUUGCUAUACUACAUUCACUAUAUAGUGUUUACCGAGCAUGAUCUUCCAAAAUAUGUUUAUGGUUUGGAUAUAGUAUCAAUAGAUUUUUUCCACUACCUGGGUUUCAAUAUGAUGGGAAUAUUUUUCAGAAUCAUGAACGACACCAUGGUGCGCUCCUCUUUCCUGGACCGAUAUCAGUUCAUCAAGGAGGAGAUUUGGCUACGCCAAGCUCGCCGUCAAGAGUCGUUGCUACUGGACAGCAUACUUCCACCUCAGAUUGCAAAGCCCAUUCAGAAAAGUAUAAAAGACAAGAUCAUGCGGCCCGAUAACGACUACUACCAUUUGGGUAGUUCCCGGGCAAGAGAAAGCUUUAUGUCCAUCCAGAUUCACCACGAUGUCAGCAUCCUGUAUGCAGAUGUGGUGAACUACACCUAUUUGACGACGACACUGACGGUGGAGAAGUUGGUGAAGGUCCUGCACGACCUGUACGCCAGAUUCGACAUGGCUGCCUCCUCCUUCAAGGUGCAGCGCAUCAAGUUCCUCGGCGAUUGCUACUACUGUGUGGCGGGUUUGGGGCAGCCUGACCCGGAUCACGCCAAAAUGGCUGUAUCCCUGGGCAUUUCCAUGAUUGCCAACAUUAAGGAGGUGCGUGUGAAACGUUCUUUGGAUAUAGACAUGCGAAUUGGCGUCCAUUCGGGAACUCUGUUUGCAGGUGUGAUCGGCGAGACUAAGCUGCAAUACGACGUAUGGGGUACUGACGUGAACAUCGCCAGUCUGCUGGAAUCGACCGGAAAGCCCGGCUAUGUGCAUGUUAGUGGACGAACUCUUAGUAGCUUGAACGCUGCGGAGUACAAGAUAUUCCCGGGCACGGAAGCGGCCCAGAGGAAUCCCGAGCUGCAGAAACAUCCGAUGAGCACCUACCUCCUCGCCGCCCUACCAUUCCGCAAUUCAGUUUUGGGUGAUAGCUCCGUUAGGUCCGUUCGUAACCUGGACCUCAAGACCGUGGGAUCUAACCGAAAAUCCCAGAUUUCGCAAGCCAUUUCACUGUCCGAGGAGUUGCGUGAGGAAUUUAGCAAGAUGCCGGUUGGGGGUUUCAAGUUUCGAUUCCCUUGGUCGCGACGGGAGAGAGAUUUGAAGCACGAGAAAGUCGAACGCGAUUUGGGCAUUUUUUGUGUGGCAUUUAAGGACAAAUCUCUAGAAUGGGACUAUUUGCAUCACCCGGAUUAUAUUUUUAAAUACUCAGUGCUGCUCAGCUGGGGAAUCGGGUGCUGUCUCAUUUACAUCCAGUACGCGAACAACACAGACUUGUGGUAUACGGGUGCCGUAAUUGACACGGUCGCGUUCCUCAUUCUGACUUCGCUACUAAUCAUCUGCUGGUACAAGAAAGUGUGUUGGUGGCGUAGUAGACAGGACGAGCACAAGAGUUACAGCAAACUCAGCUGUGCGAUGUUCCACACGUUUGAGAAGAUCCAGCACAGCUUUGUCCUUCGCCUCAUUGUCUACGUGAUGAUAAUAUUGUGCUAUUUCAUGGUAUUGUCCUUGACAUUAAUAAACUGUGACCCAGAAGAAUAUGAGUUGGACAUCAUUCAGAGCAAGCUCUUUCACUAUGAAAGGGAUCCGUUUUCCUGCUUCCACCCGUGGGCCUGUACGAACAUGAUGGCCUUGAUCCUGGGAAUGAGUUACACCUUCGCCCGGAUCCCCUUCGCCCUCAAGACCUUCAUCGGUUGCCUCGAAGCAGUGAUUUUCGUGGUGAUUGUGUUUUUCCAGUUCAGUUUCAUUUUCGAGCACAGUGAAACCACAUGUCCCUUCCUGAAGGCUGAAAUAGCGCACUCCAGCAGGGUGUGCAUGAUGGUAAUGACUAUGUACGCGAAGGAGCGUCAGUCGGAGUUCAAUACUAAAAUGAACUACAAGCUCAACUUGGAUUUGCAAAAGAAGCAAAAGUCGGCCGAUGUAACCAACCAGUCCAUCAUAAUCCUGCUCAACAACAUUCUUCCAUCCCACGUUGUCGAGGUAUAUCUCAAUUCGUUAGCCAAACACGAGCUCUACCAUGAAAACUAUCGAAUGGUAUCGGUCAUGUUUGCCAUGCUCACUAAUUUUCAAUUGGAUUUGCCCAGCCUAAGAGUGCUAAAUGAUAUCAUCACGGAGUUCGACAGACUGCUGUAUGCGUACAAGGAAUAUUACGUAGUCGAGAAGAUCAAAGUCGUGGGCUGCACUUAUAUGGCAGCCUGUGGAUUGGACUACAGUCUGAUCGAGAAUCCUGAUAGCUCCUCGAAGUUCGGAAGUGCAUCCAUGUCCUCCGAAAUGGAGCAGGUGCGCAGUCGUCAAGAGUCAACAGUAAGGGAAAACGACCAUGACGAGGUGGCUUUUAUAAUGACCACUUUUGCUCUGGACCUGAUGCGUGUCCUGUCUGUGUGCAACAAGGCUUACGCCGGCAAACUCUUCGAUCAAGCCUUGUCCACCAGUGAGAUAAAGAUCGGUAUCUCCACGGGUCAGAUAAUGGCCGGCGUGGUGGGGGCUUCCCAGCCGCACUACGACAUCUGGGGAAACCCGGUCAAUAUGGCCUCGCGAAUGGAAUCGACUGGCUUGUCUGGACAUAUACAGGUUACACAGGAGACAGCCAAUAUUCUCCAGGAGUUCGAUAUUCUGUGCAUGUAUCGUGGCAUGACCUUCGUGAAGGGCCGUGGCGAAAUUCCCACCUACUUUGUGGGCAUCGAUAAAGACCUAAAGUUCAUAUCCAGCAAAAGCGUUAGCCUUUUGGAGAGACCCGUAACAAUACAUCUAACCCAUGACCUGGACGGCUCCAAGGACAAAUAGAAAUCGUUUGUUUAUCACAAUAUGGAAACCAAAUCGCAAAUGCAUAUUGUUGGCUACGUCUCUCAGAUUUUGAGUUCGUAGUUCUUGGCUGAAAAAUUUGAGAUGCGUAGCCAUACAAAAUGAUGUAAAGGCUCGAGUCUUGUAAAAAUUAUUUGGAAAAUAUAUAUUUUUAAUAUCUUA